UCAGACUCUAUCAUACCUUACAUUCUCUUUUCCUUUAUUCUUGUCAGUUCUACCCCACUCUUAAGCUCUACUGACCCCUAUAAAAUCGCCAAAGAAGAAAAUGGCCGUAAGUAGAGUCCCAGUGUUAGGAUUUUUCAUCAUGGCUUUACUGAUGGGUCCUCAGGAAUCAUUGGCUAUCAAAGAGGAGCAUGUGAUCAUCCAGGCUGAGUUCUAUCUGAAGCCUGAUUCAUCAGGCGAGUUUAUGUUUGACUUUGAUGGUGAUGAGAUUUUCCACGUGGAUAUGGAAAAGAAGGAGACAGUGUGGCGGCUUGAAGAAUUUGGACAUUUUGCCAGCUUUGAGGCCCAGGGUGCCUUGGCCAAUAUAGCUGUGGACAAAGCUAACCUGGACAUCUUGAUAAAGCGCUCCAACAACACCCCAAACACCAAUGGUAACUUCUACACUGCUAGACAUUGGAAUCCUAACGUUGAAACAGACGUUUUGUGGGGUUUGGAUGAGCCUCUUCUCAAGCACUGGGAGUUUGAUGCACCAACCCCCCUCCCAGAGACAACAGAGAAUGUGGUGUGUGCCCUGGGCCUGAUCGUGGGUCUGGUGGGCAUCAUUGUUGGAACCAUCUUCAUCAUCAAGGGCAUGCGCAAGGUCAAUGCUGGUGAACGCAGAGGGCCUCUGUGAGGCAUCCACAGGCAAUGGCAUUUCCUAAAGAGAAGAUCAAUGAAGAAAUUUGUGCUUUAAUAGCUUCAUGAGCCCAGCAAUACUCCAAUUGUGCACCUCACAGAAGACAACUUUUCUCCAGCAUUUUCAGCCCUUUAGCUAUUCUAAGAAUAAUGAUGCCUUCCUGAUCUGUCCAGACUCUGACAUCUAGUUAUUCCCUGAUUGUUGCCCCUUCUUGGGUAUGUUUUCCUCCAUUUUCUAUCUUCAUUUUAAUAUCACCAUGUAAUGCCUCUGGAAUAGACCCUAGAAGAUCCUUUCUCUAUUAUGGAACCUUUUGAAUGUUCAAUAUAGACAUCAUUUCUACAUUUAUUGCUUGGGUUUCUUCAAACUGUAAUUGUGAUUUUUUGAGCACAAUAAACUUUUGAUGAGUCUGAGAUGAA